AUGGAGAACCGACGUUUGACAUCGGUUCUCCAUCGUCUCGACAUUUCUCUACUCACUACUCCCUUCGCCCUGCAGUUGCGAUGUACGGGCCGCAUAGGCGGCUGCGACAGAUGCCGGGCCAAAUUGAUCGCCUGCGUGUUUCCCUCCACCGAGACCCUGAGCCAUGCCGCCCACAAUCACAACGGGUCCAUCUCCAGUACAACUUCACGGACCAGUCAAAGACGCGGCCCGCCCGCGAUCCGCGCAACCGGCUCCGUGCCAGAGCCACCCGCUCUCUCCAAGUCUCCCAGUCCUCCGCAGGCGGUGGACCCCCACGCGCCCAGCCAGAUGCGAACCCCUGCAUCGCAGAGGGAGGCCUUGUUCGACAGUAUGUUGCCGUCUCCGCUGACAGACAGGGCAAGCGCUAACCCCCCGGCAGUGGACUGGGAUAGCGAAAUGUCGCAUCUGCUGAUGGACAUCGAGGAGCUCAGCGGGUCAACAACUCAGCUCAAGACGGCCAAUUUGGCCAACGGGUUGAACUCGCGAACCGCUGACUCGUACGACUCUUCCAAUCCGGAUGAUCAGCAAUAUGGGGCGGGACCGACCCGGCUCGACCUCCAUCGAUGGACAUACAGUGAGGGACCGGCGUCCUCCGCGGCUGUCAAUCACUCGGCUAACGAAAGCAAAAACACACAAUUAGUGCUCGAUACGACUCAGAAAUCUCCAACACUUCCCCCGGGGUCCAGACCCAGACCCAAUGUAUCAGGCGCCUUCGCGCUCGACCCCCUGAUGGCCCGCAACGAGCCAGCGGCGGAACCCGUCAUUCGCGAUCUAUGGAUGGAGGAUUUCCCCAAUUCCAAUCCCCGCGCACCGCCGGCGGAUCCCGUGGUGGAUCCUGCAACAGAUUCCACAGGCCCCGGAGCCAAAAGCGACGGGUGUUCCUGCAUGCACAACGCUGUCCGCGUGGUGCAGCAGCUAGACGACGACGACUUCCAUAUCACGACGCUGUCGCUGGGCCAAGUGCUGCAGCUCCAGAAGUGGAUCAUCUCCCAGUGCUACAAACCCCUGGACUGUGUGACGUGCAAGUUUCUCCCCACCGUGCAUACCGUCCUGGUAAUCAUCUGUGAUCGCCUGACCGAGAUGUUCGAGUGCAUCCACAAGCGCAUCAAAAAGGCCAACCAGCGGAUCUCGGGGCUCACUGAUUUUAGUGACCAGUCAACCUCGGCCAGCUCGGACUCGCUAUCUUCGACGGAACGAUCGGGUGAACUAUACUGCACGUCCUCGCAUGUCGCGGCCGGCAAGGCCAACUGUAACCCCGAGUUAUUUUCAGCGGACUUCCCCGCCAUGUACUCUACAGAGGAGCAGGUACACAUGAUCCGUGUGCUCUUAAAACUGCAGGUGAGGAAUUUCCGGGCGCUGCUGAUGCGCGUCGGCAACGCCAGCCAGAUCACCGGCAGCGAAGCCCGCCAGGCCAAGAUCAAAUCGAUGAUCAUCCGGCUGGGCCGCGCUGCGUCUGAUAUUGAUAAUUCCUUACAGGCGGUUUUGCAGCUUUUCGCUGUUAGCCAUCCAUAG